AAUUUUCUUUGCUUUAUUUAGAUAUCGACUGUUAACUAUAAACAACAUGAAAAGAAAUUAAUCAGCUAAACACGACGAAGAAAAAAUGUCAAAAAGAAAAAAAGAAGUCGUUUUAUUUCUGACUUGCCUAACGAUAUGUUUCGGUGUUUCAUUUGCAUCCCGCUGUUCUACCCCUACAUACGAGAUGCCAGAGACUUUAUUACAAUCCGGUGAAACAGUCACCGUAACAGGGGGUGUAGGCACAUCUCAAGUCUAUUACCCUCACUCCGCAAAAUGGGUGUUUAGAACAACAGCAGGAAACUAUCUAACAGUGCAGAUCGAAGUUGACCAGUUUAAUAUAAGUGGGAACGCUUGCCAGGGAACCCAAACGGAACCAUUCGUUGAAAUUGGACUGAAUCCUGGUGUUGGUGGUUACCGUAAGUUUUGCACCAACCGCGUUAUAUCCUACCCGCUUGUAUCGGCCUCCAACACGUUAGAAAUAUUUCACUGCAACGGGUUGCUAGGCCGGGCAUUUCAAUUUAAAGUAACAGCACUUAUUGCUGGAACAGUAAUUGCCGAUCGUAAUGUUGGAAAACUGAGAGUAAGUUACAAUCAAAGAGUCCAGUGGAUCAACCUGGUUGCUGGAACACGAGAUACAGGAAUCGCUUUUGAACUAAUUAAUGUUGAUGUAAAGCGUGGAAGUGGAAAAGGGUGCAGAAGAGGCUAUAUAACUGUGAAAAGUACAGAUUUAAACGAAGAGACAUUGCUUCCUAAUGGCACAAGGAUAAUUUGUAACCAGCCUGGCCAUUCCCACGACGCAAGGUAUAAAGUACAGACAAGACACUCAAGCGUCAACAUUACUUUUAGAUACGCCAAGUUUCAGAUCAUCUACAGCACUGUACCACUUGAAAGCUUGUCCAUACUCAAAGUACCCGACACACGAAGUGCGGGCAACGGUGGUGACGUUGACACCAGUAGUGAAAACUAUGGAGAAGGAAGCGUAGAAGUUCCUACAGAAGCAACCGACAAUAAAUCGUCCAUGUACAAAUUUAUCGGCAUCGGUAUUGCUGGCGUGUUCGUUAUUCUAGCAUUAAUAAUAGCGGGUACUUUGCUAACUCGUCAGCGGAGAAGGAAACGAAACAGAAGAGAAUCGACUAAGGGGCUAACACAGCCUGGCGCGAGAGGUUCAGUAAGUAGCAGUGUAUUAUAUAAUCCAUGCGUGGUAGCUCCGGGUGAUGGCGUUUCUUCUAUUAACAACCAGAUGUACGAGAAAGUGGUAACUUCGCAAAAAGUGAAACGGAACGAGUCAACGAGGCCAAAUCAAAAGAAUGAGAUUAUGGAACCGAACGAGAAACAACCAAUGGCGAAAACGCAUCUCCUGCCAAUGACAGAGAUGGACAAGAAACAGCAAAGAUUAAGUCAACUCGAUGAUAAAUACAUACCGUUCGAAUGCCGCGCAUUUCCAGCGCCCCCGCGUGCCCAGUUUGCCCUACCAAACCAACCAAACAAAGGCGCUAGCAAGCCUAACUUGAGCACCAGGCCACUGCCUGAAUCUCCAAUGGAAUUCCCACCGCCACCUACUUUCCAUAACGAUCGACCACCGUUGCCACCACCGGCAGAUGAUAACAGAUACGAAUCGGUCGGUUCUUUAUCUGACGCUGAUUUGGUCGCACCAGCUUACGCUACGGUCGCUGAAGACGAAGACGGCUCAACUGCUAAGCUACAAGUGACCAACCUACCAAAGGAUUACUAUGUUUCAAACGAAGAAAUCCACAGAGCAGAGUUAUCUGAAACAUCCCAUUCAGAUGCUUACAGCACGCCUCGGAACAAAGCGAAAAAGAAAAACCAACUCCAAGUCGCCAAAGAUAAUUCAAAAGGAUCCGAACUCGAUAUUCCAUUAGUUGGUACUGAUGGUUACUUAUGUCUGAAUUCCAAUGAAAGGCUUGAUGCUACUUUACCAAAUAAACGAUACGUGAGCGUAAACUCCGCAUCGCAGGAGGACAUUGCACGUCAUUUGAAACAAAACAAAGCCGUGCCUAGUCCAGGAAUUACCAACGUAACCUCAUCGCUUCCAGACUUACUGGAUAAACCUGAACCAACCGCGCAAAGCAACCCGGUUCGGUUUCGGAGAAAGCAAAAAUUACCGCCAACUAUACCAGCCAAGUCCGCGACCACGAUCUCGAAUCAAAACGAAGAUGAUUCAUACAACAAACCACGCCCGUCAGUCCCCGAUAUAUUUAUACAGUGCGCUUACGCAUCUGGUGAAGAUAUUUCAAACGUAAGAAACAGGCUUCAAAAACUAGCAGACAAGGCGAUACAGAAUCAACAAGAGGAAUCAGAAAGUCGCAGUUUACUUCAUAGCGGCGCUACAAGUCCAAUGCCAGACGAAGAACUACCAUAUUACGAUUCCCCGAGGCCAUCGAUAGACAGCUCUCGCGAUAGUCUUCUUGCAUCACCCGGAAAAGAGUUCUACGACGCCCCUAGACCGUCACUGCCCGCUAUUUUCCCCGAAGAUGUCACACGAAUGGUAAACGCAUCGAAUCCUAGACAUUUUAACAAAUGAACACACAAAAAAAAACUUUUUAAAAAAGCACAAAACACACAAAAGUUGCUGUAUCAUACGUGUAUCUAUAUAUAUCCGUUUUAUUGGCUGUUAUUCUGCCAGGACCAUUUUCAACACAGAACUAUGUAAACCAUGCACUUUAAAUAAGUCAUUCUUGACUUUAUACAUAAAAAGUAAAUUGCACCUUCUUUCCCGUACUUUUCACCGAACUGGUUACGUUGCAUUUAGUUUGCGCAGUGUAUUGGAACGUAAAUAGCAUUUAUCACGUUUUAAAUAAACCUUGCCAAACUGA